AUGACAACAUCGAGGUUCGGCUCUCCCAGGUCCGCCUCUGCUACCGAAAUGGCACGGGCAAGAAAGGCGAGCUGCCAAGACCCGACAGGGCAAGAAAUCUGGAUUUGGAUCAGGGUCGAGUGUGUACCUUCCACUUGUGCCACUAUUGGAGUCGGUUUCAGAAGGGUUGAACGUGGAAUUUUGGUUCAGCCUUUAUUCAGAGCGGGUCAAUGGCUGAAUCGUGAUUCUCGGACUAUCCGCUUUAUUGUUGGUGGAGCUGGCUAUAGGAAAAGGUCUUAUAAAUUACCAUUCACCUUUUAUAGUUCUGAUUCAAGUUUAUUUUGUGGUUGCAGUUUCUGCAUUGUAUUUGAAGUAUGA